UCAAUAAAUAAUUAAAAUCAAUUUAAAGAACUCCAAAAUAAAGCAAGAAAAAAGAGCGAGAAGCAUAAAAUCAGCAUAAAUUCUCUUAAGUCUCCCAAGAGAAUCUCUCACUCUCCGGCGAGCACAUGUAGUCGAGGAACGAAAAAAAAGUGUUAUGUAUAAAACAAAAUCACAUAGACGUCUCUCAUUCAGUUUUCUGUAGUAUCUCGCCCGUAUUGCAAGUAUUCAAAGCGCAUGUGAGAAAUUUUUGUUGUUAUUUUUUCUCAUUUUCUCAAUGUUUUUUGUGUUUUUCAUGGAAAAAUCAUCCCAAUUUUUCCGCAUAUAAUUUUUUCUUAUUUUUUGAGUUCAUUUUUAUUGCAAAUUAUUGAGAAAUUUGCACAAAAAACUAGCUGUGAAGCUUUGUGUCAAUCGACUGUGUCAAAAUCAUAUCCAAAAGUGCAUGAAUUUUCCUGUCCACGACUGAAAAGUGUGAAAAUUUUUCAUGUCUUAUCGCAAAGUGUGAAUAAUUCAAUAAGAUAGAAAGAAGUCAAAAAAAGUCGAAAAAGAAGUCGAGAGACGGAAGGAAAAUUAGAAAAAAUAGAAUUUUAUUUGUGAACUGAUAAGAAGUGAAUUAUAGUGCGUUUGUGUGGAUUUUUUAAAUAAAUAAAUAAUAAAUGAUUUAAUAAGUUCAUUAUCUCAUCAACUGCUGAUAAUCAUAAAGUUAAUAAUAAUAAAAUAAUUUUAACAAGACGAAUUUUUCAAAAAAAAAUAUAAGAAGAAGAAGGAAUCGAGAGAGAAGAACGAACGAUUGAGCUAGCAACAAAGACUGAACAACAAGGCAAGAAUCAUUCAAAUGCUGAUAGAACAGCAUCAAACGAAUAAAUUAUGAUUAUUCAAUCUUUCAACGACUUCAAGAAUUUCCAUUGAAAUUCGAAGAAAAGAAAAACCAGUUAAACAAUAAGAACGAUAGAAAGCGAAAUUCUCGAGAUAAAAAUCAAAGAACUUUUGCAAUACAUUAAGCAGAAAUUUAUUCCAAGGAGUUACGACAAAUAAAUAAAAAUAAAAAUCCCGUAAAAAAUGGCAGGAACAGUUUUGCUUGAAGCGCGCCCUUAUCGGCCAUUCAAAUCAAGUGAGGAAUAUUUGUAUGCAAUGCGCGAGGAUUUAGCAGAGUGGCUUAAUACCCUAUAUCCUGAACUGAUGAUAAAUGUUGACAAUUUUAUGGAUCGAUUAGAUACUGGAGUCGCAUUAUGCAAACACGCAAACAAUGUCAGACAUGCAGCUGAGGAGUAUCUUGUUCGUCGUCAAGCACGUCAAAAAUCAAUGACCCGUUCAAUGACGACUGGCUUAGCUGGUCCAAUAUUGAGCAUGGGAAAUGUACAUUAUUUGCCAGCAGCAAAAUGUGGCACAUUCUUUGCUCGAGAUAAUGUCUCAAAUUUCAUCGCAUGGUGCAGAAAUUGCUUGCAAAUUUUUGAAUGCCUACUGUUUGAAACAGACGACCUUAUAAUGCGAAAGAAUGAGAAACACGUAAUCUUAUGCUUAUUGGAAGUUGCCCGACGCGGAGCUAAAUUUGGAAUGCUAGCACCAAUGUUAGUACAAAUGGAACGACAAAUUGAUCGCGAAAUAGCGGCAGACAACAAAGCAAACGGUGUUGCCUUUGGUACACAGACAGACACCAUGCAGACAACAGCAAUAGGAACAGAAAAUGAUGAAGAAUUUGAUUCCGAUUCAGAUGAUGAGGGUGAUGAUGAAGGAGCUAUAUUGAUGUAUGGACCCGCACCACAAAUUGUUACCAAUGACUUAAAAAGUUUGGAUGAAAUGGUUCGUGAUUUAGUUGAAAAGUGUACAUGUCCAUCACAAUUUCCAAUGAUACGUGUAUCAGAGGGAAAAUAUAGAAUCGGUGAUACAAAAGUGCUGAUUUUCGUACGAAUUUUACGCUCUCACGUAAUGGUCCGUGUCGGUGGUGGCUGGGACACGUUGUCACAUUAUUUAGAUAAGCAUGAUCCAUGCCGUUGUCGAGCACAGCAUCGUUCAUCAGUAGCAGCAAAGCUUAUUACUCGCACAAAUCAACAGAAUGGUAUUGAAUUGCAUAAAGCACAAGUUGUGUAUGAAAGAUCUCCACCAGCAUCGCGUAAAUUUUCAACUGGAAAUGCAGGAAAUGUACAACCAAACAGUCAUUUAUCAUCAACUACUACACGCAAUACCAGAAGCCGAAGCAGAAGUCCUGCAGUUCGUAAGACAUCAACAACUGUUCCCCCAACUGUUGAGUUAAAUCAAGAAAAAAUACAUUUGGUUGCCUCGCCAUGCGUGCAACGUCGUUCGGUAUCUCCAAGCCCAAAACGUGUGGUUGAUAUGAAAAGGAAACAAAUUUCCUUAGAUAUGCCAGUUUCAACACAUAUUUCGUCUGUUCAAAUUCCUAUGUCACAAUGUGAUACUGAAUCUAUAAAUAAUAAUAGUAAUAUAAUAAGUGAAAUAAAAGCAGUUAAUGAAAACGUAUCGAAUGGUGCAACACCAAAUGAUGGUGCCAAUAAAUAUGAAAAUAUCAGUGAUAAUGGAAGCGAAAUCAGUGAUGAAGGGUAUCGCUCGCUUGGUCUAAUUCAAUCAAACAAUCCAAAAAGAAUUUCAUUACAUAGUCAGGCAUCGAAUGAGGACGCAGAUACAAAUGGACGUCUAGACCGAAAUUCGCCUGAUAUAACAACAACAGCGAGUGAAGAAACAAUAACAGCUAGUGAAGAGACAACAAUCAGUGAAAUUAAAGUCGAGUCACCAAUCUCAGAUGACGUAAUUGAUCCAAUCAAAGAGAUGGAAACAAAAUUUGCUAAAUGUGGUAUUACCAUGAAUGAGGAUGAAAUUAGUGUAGAUAUAGCAUCCGCAACAGGCUUAAGAAAGACGGGAUUCUCUGAAGUUUUGUACGAAGAUAAUCCAAUUAUUGCCGCACGAAAAGCAGCUUCCAAAAUUCCCAAAUCUCCAAUGCUCACAAGAAGAAAAAGCAUGGAUAAUUGUAGUACGAUUUCAGCAACAAAAGAAGAUACAAAUUCGUUACGGAAAAUUCCAGCGUAUCGAUCAGUACGAAAAUCACAACAGCAGCUACAACAAAUGCCGCAAAAAGAAAAAAUUCUGUCAAAAGAAAAUACAUGGAACGGAAGAUCUUCUGUAUCGCCAACAAAUCAAAGCAAGAAACGUCCAGCCUUAACUACUGACACGUUUAAAUCACCUUCCAGAACUGCAUCACUUACGAGAAAUACGCCAACGAGAUCAUCACAGCAAUUGGAUGGAAGAGCACGUCAACGUUCAUCAACCAGAGCGUCAUCUGUCAACACAUCACCGAAUAAAUCAAACAGCAUUAAUAAUAAUAUACAAUCACAACUUGCUCAACAAUUACUUGAUGCUGCGGGCAAGGCAAAGAAUGAUGCACAGAUAUUAGGAAAGAUUAAGCAAAUCUUGAGCGAUUAUGCAUCCAAAAAUAAAGUUAAUGGAGAAUUUGACGACUUUACAACAACAUGGGUCAACAAUAACGGAAGUUUGGAUACGACAGAUGCUGUAACCAUGAGAAAUAACGGUUCACCAAUCAAAUCUCAAUCAAAACGAAGCUCAAGUGUGUCAACAUCAUCUGACAGUAAUCCUACAAUUUCUGCUCGCGAAAUGCCGACAAUGGUUGUCUCUCCUCGUCGCAUUGAUAAAGGAUUAUCAAGAAUACCAGCUCCAAUUCGUAGCAAUACUGGCCUAUAUUGACCGAGGUCUGCAUCAGUAGUUCAUUAUGGUACUAACCAAUAAUUCUAGAUGACAGCAUUUAAAUUUCAAAAACUCUUAUCCUUUAAGAAUAUCAUUAAAUUAUAGUUUCUUAAGAUUAUGCGAAUGAAAAUAAAAGCUUUUCCAAUUUACAAUGUCAAAAAGAAGAGGAAGAAGAAGGUGAGAGAUUUAUUACAAGCAACUCAUCAACGACAGCAUCAACUACGACUUUAGUUAUCUCCUAUAAAAAAUAUUGCAUUUAAACGUACGAACUUACAUGAAAUGAAAAGUACAGAUACACGACAGCAUCAACAUUUUUUUUAAAGAAAAAAAAAACAGAGAUAAUAAUUAUAAAAAUUGCGACGUGCGUAUAUGUUUGUGCUGCAGUCUCAAGAAAGAAGUGCAGUUAAGUGAGUGAUAAAAUGGCAUAAUAGUAUAUGACAUAAUUCUUUCCGUUUCUUCAUGAGAAACUGUCUGUCUGAUCGUGAAAAAAAAAUAUAAGAAAUAAAAUCGAAACUGGAAAAGCUGCCCACAGAAAUGGAAUGGAUGAUCAUUAAUCUCAUGCGUAUAAGUACAUCUAUAAAACAUGUGCAAACCCGUAAAUGAUAAGAGAAAAAAAAACUGUAAUUAAUUAGACUCAUGUUGAUUCUUUCGCAAUUCAAAUUUCCUUAAUGUGAAACACAAAAGAAUCGCCAUAACAGGUACGAAAGACAUCGACGGUCGCAUGAGAAGCGAAAUCGCUGCUAUUUUUGUAACUCCUUUAUAAUGAAUGAAUAAUAGCAAUUUGUCAACUAAAUGUUAUAGCAAUUUGUUUGUUCAUAUAGACUAGAUAAGUUCCGAAGGUUAUCGGAAGUUUCCCAUUAAGUUGUUUAAUUCGAUUAAAGAUAUAUAAAUUUUCUACUAUAGUAAGUUGAUGAUUAUAUUGGUUGUGUAUAGAUAGAAAUGAUGCAAAAUUUAGAUAGCUUUUUAUUAUAAAGACGUUUAGUAUGGGAAAGAUUAGGGUUGCUGUUGAGUUGGGUCCUCCCUUAAAAUAGCCAACCCUAUUUUCCUAGUUUAUGAAAUGAAAAUUAGAAGAUUGAAAUGAAUUGAGUGCUUUCCACUUUCUUUUGCACUGAAAGUUAUAAUAGUUUUUGUCAGGAGUGUAUCCAGAAGUUGAGGGGGUUAAAAAAAUUAAAAAUGUUCCCAGUAAACAGAAUAUUAAUGAGUAAGUUUUAAGCAAGUCUAAAAAAUCACAUAGACUAGCUUAAAGCUUGCUUAAAAUAAACUCUUAUAUGGUCUGGUUACUAGGAUGUAGAAAAGUAAAAGUAUAAAUUGAUCAAUUAAAAUCGUAGCUAGUGAAUAAAAUUAAAGAGGGAAGCUGGAUACACCUCUGACUCUUAAUCCAAUAUCAAUAAUUAGUUUGGUGCUUUUUUAUGACUUUAAUUGAUGAUUAUAGAAUUUAUAAGAAGGAGUAAAACAAGCAAAAGAAUAUGUACUGAUUUUUAUCAAGAUUAGAAUGACAUUUUGGAGCUUUGAAAUAAAUAUUUAAAAAUAUAAAUGAAAUUAAGUUGACAUUAUUAAUAAAUCUCUCUUCCAUAUUGAGAAAACCGUACACGCAUAUAUAUCCUAUGUAUGUUGAUUAAUUUAGUGGCUUAUAUAAAGCAUUUCUUAAAUUAGUUUCUAUAUAAUCAAAAUGAGAAUACUGAAUUUUCGCUUAGAAAUAAAGAAAUAAAUAUUCAGUGGAUGCUAAUUCAUCCUGCAAAUAAAAUCAAAGGUACGCUGAUUGUGAGAAUUUAAGGAAUUUCCUCUGAAAAUCCUUAAAAAUUUUCAAAACCUUACAAAAAAAUUAUAACAAAAAAAUGAAAAACUAAAUCAGGAUUAUGAAAAAUAAUGCCGUUUUGUAGUUAGUGAUGUUAGGAUUAAUCAGUAUAUACCCCAAUUUAUGAUUAAAACUUUUAUAAUUUAAUUAAGAUUUAUUUCUAUAAGUCAGAGUUGAAUGUUUAAGAGAUAAGUGUAAGCAUUACUGACAGAUGUAGCCUUAUUCAAAGAACCUAUGAAUGCUUAUUAUAGUAAUAUAUAUUUUUUGAUAUAAAACAUGAAGUAACACAUGACAAAAAAAAAUAUUGUAGAAUUGUGUAACCAAUUUUAUAGAAAUAGAAAUUUUAGAUCAUCUCAAUUUUUUUAAAUCUCUCUACAAAUUUUUAAAACUUCAAAAUAAAUCCUUUUAAGAACUCUUAUAUCCAUAACAUAGCAUUAUAAAUCGUGGAAAAUAAAUUUGAAUGUUUUUGAUGCAAUACAAUUUUGAUUGUUCCAAAUUUUAACUAGUUCUAGAUUCACUUAAGGAUUUUUGAUAGAUUUUUGUUACAACUUUUCUAAAAAAUGAUUAGUAAGAUUUGUCUUAUGGUAAUUUGAUUAUUGUUUAACGGAUUUUUAAAAACAUAAAAUUUUUGAAGCAAAAAAGAUGCAUAUUUCGCUUUAUCAAUCGCUAAGAUGCAAAAAUCAAUUUAAAAGAUGCUAAAAUAAAGCUUAAAAUAUUUUAAGAUGCAAUAUUUUAUCAUUUAUAGAUGCAAAACUUUGCUUCAAAAAAUGCAAAAACUUUGCUUCAAAAGAUGCAAAAACUUUGCUUCAAAAGAUGCAAAGCUUUCAAAAAAUUCAACAUUUAAAUCUUUAAAACCCGUUAAAUUAUAACCAACAAAAAAUGAAAGGCAGAAACGUUAUCCAACUUUCUAGUGCUUAGUACCUAGUUGAAAUUGAGACUGAUUCGUACCCGAAAACUAGAUGUUAUACAGCAAUAAGAAAAGUAAAAAAUUAAAAUUCUGUCAAAAGCAAUGAUUUGCGUCAAAAACAUUUAACUUCAUAUUUCCUCGUUUUUAAAAAAACAACUCAAAGCUCUUCCUCCUGUUAUAUAAUUAUGCUAAUGAUAAUUAUUCAUCUUAUUAUUAAUUCAAGAAUGUAUACUAAUUAAUUUACACUUUAAGUUUCAAAUUUGUUAUGAUUAGUGCAAUUUUUAAAUUUUUUAAUUACCUAACCCAACAUUACUCAUUCUCUGCUUUAUAAUUUUAUUCAGAUUCUUUUACUUUUAAAACAAUACAUAAGUUGAAAAAGAACAAGAUUAAAUGCUAACAAUUACAAACCUUUUUCCUCUUGAUGCUUUAAAAAAUGGAAUUUUAAAUUCAAAACAUGUAACUGACGAAGAAGAAAAAGCAAAAUUGUCAAAAGAACGUUUAAUAAAUAAAGGAAUGAAAUAUUUCUAGAAAAA